CUGUUAGGUGCAAGUGCAAAUCGAAUGCUGUUAAUGAACAGGUGCUGUUAAAGGCAGAAUAUGAGCGCAGCGCAAACAAAUGCGAAAUAGAAACAAUGCAAACUUCUGCUUCAGCAUUAAAGUGAAGAAACGGCUUUGGCUGUCGGGGAAAUUCGAUAUAACAUAACUUGGAAUUGGAAGGGCCAGACAAAGGCAUCGUCGUCGUUGUCGUCAUCAUCUCGGUAUCAGCAGCGGGACGGGAACGCCACUGUAAUCGUUCAAUGACAGCAGCCGCAGCAGUUUCUGCUGCUGCCUUCGCCGCUGCAGCAGAGAGCAGUUAACGCCCGAGCAGCGGGUCCCAGGUCCAUCUGAGAGAGCAGAGACUGUGUCCGUGGUCUUUUGGUCGUGGCCCAAGCAGAGGCCAUCGAGAAAUUCAAAAGAUCCAAAGAGAAAAGAGAACAAAAGGCAAAUUGAAUAUUGGAACGCCCAAGUGCUGAAGCCUCUGAAGAAGGAACUCUUUCAGCAGCAGAAAAAAUGGUGAAAACGUUUCAGGCCUAUCUACCGUCCACCAAUCGGACCUACUCAUGUGUUCACUGCCGCGCCCACCUCGCCUCCCACGACGAACUCAUCUCAAAGUCGUUUCAGGGCAGCCAGGGCCCGGCCUACCUCUUCAACUCGGUGGUGAACGUGGCCUGUGGCCAGACGGAGGAGCGGGUCCUACUGACGGGACUCCACGCCGUCGCCGACAUCUACUGCGAGUGCUGCAAGACGCCGCUGGGCUGGAAGUAUGAGCACGCCUAUGAGUCCAGCCAGAAGUACAAGGAGGGGAAGUUCAUUAUCGAGCUGGCGCACAUGAUCAAGGAGAACGGCUGGGACUGAACACUCACGUGCAGUGCGAAUUGGCGGAUGUCAGGCAGCCGUCGGCAUGGGUUAAAGCAGCAAAAUGGCCGAAACAGCAGCAUCAACAGCAACAACAAAGGAAACACACACACAAAAACACACAGCGUGGACAACGAGUGGGAGGCGUUGGAAGAAGUGCGAGUGCGAGCAUGAGCGGAAUAGCUGUUCCUUUCCCUUAAGUGAAAUGCAAAUGCAAUGUGCGAGAGGGAUGGAUUGUGUUGAUGCUCAACAGAGGUCGAGUAACAGUUGUAACGAGAAAGAGCUGAGAUCAGCGAGAGAACGCGAAGGCAAUGAUCAGGCAGUUGUGUAGGGUCAAGGGCAAGGGCAAAGGCAAGGCAAGGUCAAGGGAAAGGCAGCCGGCAGUGGAGAAAGUAAAUUCGAUACACACUUGAGCGAGAGAGUUAUAUGGUACCAGAGUACAUAUAAGUACAUGUGUAUGCUAUUAGUGCACAAAUCGUCGUAUCUAAUGCAAACAUAACACAACCCACCCACAUGAACACACACACUAACGCCGAUAUGUACAUACAUACAUAAAUACAUAUUUUCACAUAAAAGGAUAAAAACACGCUUAAAUGGCCCUAUGGGCAAUCUCUGCGCCGGCUGCAGUGUGCCUGUUUGGAGCUGUAUAUGUAUGUAUGUAUGUAUGUACAUGUGUGUGUAUGUAUGUACAUACUUUUACAUCAAGCUUUUGAGCAUUCUCAUAAUUUCAUCUCGCUUUUUGUUCGCAUUAACUGCCUUUCCCCUCAUUAAUAAUUCAAUUAAUGCAAUGAAGAAGCUGAUGGACUUACAUUCGAUUUAUGUUCAGUCAAUCAGUUGAACGGGUUGAACUACAUACAGACAGACACACACUCAUACACUCAUACAUCCACACACAUUCAUGCGCAUACACAACAACUUGCACUGCCAAAAAACAGGAUAAAUGUUUAGCAAUAAAAUUAAAUUGAUCAUUAGAACACAAGGCAUGCAAAGAAAACAAAAAUCGGGAAUCGGAAUCUACACUUGCAUGAACAAGCAUAGACAUACUCAGGCGACACACACACCCAAACACACACACACACACACAUUUUCAACAUAGUUGGUAUUUAAAAAUGUAAUUAAAAUUAAUUAUUUAAUGCAAUUUACCAGGAAAGAAAUGUGAGAUAGACAUAAACUGAAAAAUUGAAUAACGUUCGUUUAUAACUGAACGCUGAACAGCAAAUGCGUAACGCACGUGUACGAAAAGCCGAGAACGAGAACGAUGUGGAGAUCCCACAAAAAUGGUCUGAACGGUGAGAUUCGAAAUUGCUCCCAGUGGAAUUUAAUGCAAUGAUGUUUGGAUUUCGUGUGAAUCCACUCAAUCGAAACGCAAUGGGCGAGAUGUGAAUAGAAAGAAAUAAAAUACCAGGCAUAACUAAUAAACAAAAAAAUCCAAUAUAAAUAUUUAUUUAUGUAUAUGAGGAAACUGCGCAUUUAUGUCGCAAAUAAUGUAUAAUAUUCGAAGGGGAAACGAGAAAGCGAAAGCGAAAGAAAGAAUGGAGAAAAUAUUUUUAAUGGAAGCAAAUUAUAAAAAUAAUGUAUGGAAAAAUAACUGCCAAGAACUAUUCAAGUUAAAAGAUGUUCUCUAAGUAGUUAUAUAAAUGUAUAUGAGAAGCAUAUUUUUUGGUAGCGUUAAAAUACCUUAAAAGUAUAAUGACAACAAACAAAAUAU